CGCCCGUGACCAACGCCAGUGUUUCGCGACCGGUACUUUCAAUUCUUCAUUAAAAUGGUAUCAACGUUGCUACAUAAAUGCUUUGUAAUAUUUUUUAUACUAAAGUGCUGCCGAGCCGACGAAAAUUUGGGGUGGGGAGAAAACAUUACUAAGUUGUAUGAGUUGAUCUCAAGUGCCGUUAAAGAUGGCAUCGAUCUCAAAACUCCACAAUUAACUAGAAGAAUAUUUGUAAAUGACUCGUUAUAUCAGGUACACCUGAAUAAACUAAAAGACGUAAAUGGAUUUAAAAUGCAUAAUAUUGUUAUCAAACGCAGCGGUCCAGACAUUAAUUCAACAAUAUAUAUUAAUAAUCCUUUAGAAGCUAAAUUUCCGCACCCUUUCAUAUCUUUGGAAGAAUUUAAAAAUACGUUAGUGCAACAACAACUUAAAGACAGAGAUGCGUUUUUGAGAUCGAAAAAGAAAGCAGAAUACAGUAAAAUGUGGGCUGAUAUAAAAGCUACGGCUAAAAUAAAAACAACAUCCACAUUACCAAAACAAGCUCGUCAAGACGGAAAGUUAAAAAAGAAAACUGGAAGUAACUUAAGCAAUACUAAUAAUAAAAGUAAAUCGGAGAUGGAGCAAGAGCAUAAAUCAAAUACAACACAUGUUAAUAAACAAACAACAAAUACUAAUACAGUUAAUAAGUCUUCUACCGCAUAUUUCCGCGUUAACCUUCUAGAUUUAGGACAACAAAAUUCAACAACGAACAGUUCACCUACGAAUAAAGCCGACGAGAACAGCAUAAAUUCAAAAAACGUGAACGUAGUAAAACAAACAGUUACCACAAAACCGAAUAAUAUCAAUAAAGAACAAUUAUCCAUUGUUGAAGAAUCAAUAAAUAGUACGGAACAUAUAUCAAGCACAAUCGAUGGAACAACUAUUAAAGAAGAGUUAGCUGCUAAUAAUGAUAAUCAUGGAUUAAGUACCAUUGAUGGAAAAAUAACAAAUAUAGUAGGAGAAGCAACUACAAUUGAUGAGGACGUGUGGAAGGGUGUUGAUGAAAAGGAACAGACAAAUAUAGAUGAUGAAAGUGAAGAAACGAGAACCGAAGAAUUAACAACCGAACCUACUACUACUACCACUUCUACUGCAACAACUCUACCUACGCCCACUACUACUAGACCGAGAUGGAUUAGACCUCGCGUGCUUUUGGGGGAUAAGUCGGAAGGCGCUUCAUCAACAACUAGUUAAUUAUUUCAUUUGUCUAAGUCUAAUUGAAGCUGUAAUUAACAAUAGGAACAAUAAAUUCAUCCGUCCUAUUUAUUUAAUACUCUCAAACUUAUUGCGCUAACUUGCUGGUCAGAUUUAAUCUUAAUUUGAGAUUGAAUAGAUACCUACAUUUUAAAUACCUAUAUUAAAAUGGGUCACUCACGUAAGUCGAAGUUUGCUCGACAUGUUUUGCUUCGUAACGAGAAGCUACAACGAGAGCACGCGUUGGCUGACUGACGCAGACUGCUUCUCGUUAUCAAGAGAAAAAUGGCGAUCAAUCUUAGAUUUAAAAAUACGUGAGUGACCCGUUUUAGUAUAUUUAAUAUGUCUGGUUCUCACGGAACUUUGGUUAUUAAAAAUCAAAUAGAUACCUCAAGCGGUAUAUUUAAAUUGAUUCAGAAAUUAUAGAAGCUGGCUUCUAUUAUACCGUUUGUAUUUAUUAAUAACUACCUACUUAAAUAUAUUUUAGAAUAACAUCAAGUUAAGUAAGUAUUAUGUUUGACGGACAUUAAAGUGUGUAUUUAAAUAAAUGAUACCUAUAGCUUA